UGGUGUUGUGACUGAGGGAGGACAAGACGCCUUACUCUACACUGUCUGCUGUGUCUGCUGUACACUGUCUGCUGGGUUAUACUCUGCUGUGUUAUACUCUGCUGUGUUAUAAAGAUGGCGAUGGCUUCACCUAUGGAUAGAUUACAGGCCCUGGACACCAUAGAGAAGGACAUAGCUACAGUGUUGCAGUCAGCGGGUCAAGCCCUGACAGAACUGAGCAAAGACAAACCCGCCAACAAACAGGUAGAAGCUCACGUCAACCAGUUCCGCCAGACACUGACCAACGUCGAGACGGAGUUGGCCAAGCAAAUUAAUUACCUCACACAGGUGUCUACAGGCCAGGCGCACGAGGGGUCGAGCUACAACUCCCAGAAGACCCUCCAGAUGGCGAUGCACCGUCUCGACCACACCAAGACCCGAGUCAGUGAACUGGAGGCCAUCAAGAGUAAACACAUACAGCUGCUACAACAACACCAGCUGCAGAAACAACAGGGCAUGCAGCAGCCUCCACAGUCCUCCUGAUGCCUCACAGCUGUACCUCUCUCUUUACUCUGAGUGUCUGCUGCCUACAUGACUAUUUUGUGGAUCACCUGAAGAUUAGCACCCCCUUGUUUAUUUUGCCUUAGGAUUAACCACAUAUGCUGUCCUAACUUAAUCCAGCCUAACCUAACCUAACCCAGUCUAACCUAAUCUAACCCAGUCUAACCUAACCUAAUCUAACCCAGUCUAACCUAAUCUAACCCAGUCUAACCUAACCUAACCCAGUCUAACCUAACCUAACCCCUCCAGGUAGUGUUAAGGUGUUUAAUCAUCAGGUGAAAUAAACUGGGGUUACCAAUUUUCAUUUAAUUCUAUUCCUUAAUCAAACAAUCAGGUAUGUUUAAAAUUGACAUCAGUAUAAAUAGUUCAGUAUGUGAGAAGUCUUAUCCCUUAGUGGACGAGGAUCGCAACUUGCCGUUAUUUUGACCACAGGAACUCUUUAAAUCUAAUGGAUAUCCAAUGAAAUGUUCAGGAUGUCUCAGAAAAAUUUAUGCAAGUUGACGAUUUUUUUUUGGCGAUCGCUUGUGGCAAAACACCAACGUUGUCUUUGCUUGCUUGUGUGCGAGGUCUACAAGCUAGGGCAGUGCUGGUGUUUUAAUACAAGCAAGGACAGUGCUGGUGGGGUUUUAAUACAAUCCUUCAUACAAUCGCCACAAAAACCUAUAAGGCAAUUCAUAUACAUUUUACUGAGACUACCUGUAAAAUUACCUGUACUUUUUACCCCUCUCAGGAGCUCACCUUUUGUACAUCUUUCAUAUAAUGUAGCUCUGUAAUUUACCUACAAUACAUCUAUAACAAAG